AUGUCUGUUACUAUCUGUGCUAUUGUAAGUUCUUAUGGAAUAAUUUUCUAUAAGGCAUUUGUUGACAAUUCAGUAGGAUCUACAUCUAUUGUAUUUGCUAGUGUUGUAGCAGUGAUUGCCAGUUUCUUGACUUUUGUAUUAUUUGUUCACCUCUGCGUACAAAUAGAGAAUAUAGUAUAUAAUAGGACAACAGUAGAAAAGCUAGAUUUGGAACAUUAUUUCCCAAAUGAAGAAGGUUGUGUUGUAAAUCCUUAUGACUUUGGAUUUAAAUAUAAUACAGAGGAUGUAUUUGGUCCACUCUAUUAUGGAGGUUUAUAUAUUCCAUCAGGAAGUGGUGUUAUAUUUGAUAAAAAAUAUGAGGCUUACUAUUUCCCAUUAGUUACAAAUCGUAUAUACAUUGAUGAGAGUCUAAGAUUUGAUAGUCAGAACACCGAGAUUCUUCUUUAA